AUGGCUUCAAGGUCUGUCUUCAUCAUUCUCACCGUGAUUUUGCCGGCGGUCGCCUUUGCCACGGACUUUAUUGUGGGAGAUGAAGCGGGGUGGACCAAAAUUUCGAUUAUCAAGCGUGGGCAAUGGAAAAAAUUUUAUGUUUUCCAAUAUCCAGUGGGAGUUCAUAAUGUCUUCAAGGUCAAUGGAACUGGCUUUCAGUACUGCACAAAGCCACCAUUGAAGGAAGCUCUAACCACUGGAAACGACACGAUUGUGCUCGCAACGCCGGGCCGGAAAUGGUACAUCUGUGGUGUUGCUCAGCACUGUGCCCUUGCCGGUCAAAAACUGGCCAUCACUGUGAAUUCUAUGGCACCAGCUCCAAGUGUUUAUCCUUCUAUGACCUAUGGCCCUUCUCAAGCCAUGCCUUAA